CGAAGAAAGCUGCUUAGUAAUUGCUGUUGUUGCUCUCAUGUAUUCAUAAAUAUUCAGCACUUGAACAUAUUAGAAAGAAAAUAGAGAUGUCGACAGAGAGAGUUCUUGUUGCAAAGCUGAAGGAACAGCAAGCGCGUAAGGCAUGGGAAGCAGCAUCGAAGGCUGUAAAGGAUGAGGAAGAAAUCAAGCAGAAGCUAUGUGAAGACUUGAACAGUCUGGUUCAAGAAAGCAGUAGUGCACAGUUUGCUAGACUGAAGGAGCUAAAAAGGCGGCUAGAAGCACUGAACCCAAGUAGAUCAUACACUUCUGCCCCAUAUGAUGGGAAUCUAAUGGGACCGGCUAAGAGUGGCGCAACUCUAGAUGCAUCCUCAAUUCCUGCUACAUUGGAACCAACUGGUGAAUUGGCUGGAAAGGUAUUCAGUCAAGGAAAUGGUGAAAUACGCUCAAUCAUGAAUGGGACCAGUCAACAGUCCUCUGUCGAUGGUGAGGGAAGAGGGAAGAAGGAAGAGGGAAGAAGAAAAUUCUGAUCCAAGGGAGAGGAAAGGGAAUUGGAGCAGUACCUAA